GGCAUCAAAGAUGUAUUUUUUCAGCUGAAUCUAAGAUCAGAUAUUGAAAUUUUUGUUUAUAAAUUAUCGAUUGAUUGAUCAAUGAAUUAUGAUGUUUGGCACUUCAUUUAUAACCAGAAGAGGUUCAUUAUUUCAUUUGAUAAUUUCAUCAUCCAAUAAUUCGUCGCAAAUCCAUACAUCCGUUCGAUUUCGAAGGAAUUUUUUCAAUUAUGAACAAUUUACAAAAGAUGAACGAAAAAUACCACCAAAAUUAGUAGGAAAAUUUUCCGAAACAUAUAAACGACGACCGCUUUUCUGGAUGAUUCGUGGAACUGAUGCACUCAAAGAACACAAUCAAAUAUGUCUGACAAUUGCUGGUGUUUCAUUUCUGUUUAUUUCAUCAAUAACUGCAUGGGCUUAUUGGCGUCAUAUGAAUAAUAAACGAAUACCUGGUCAAUUUAUCUAUAGUUCAAUGAAUCGAAAAGAUACACCUGAACGAGAAGAAAUGUUUGACUUUCAAAAACAACUUUAUGAUAUGGAACUAAUGGCAAAUUUUAAAAUGGAUCAUUUCAAAGAUUUUGGUGAACUUAAACGCCAAGGUCCUCAAAUCAAUGCCAAUUUUGAUGAUAUUUAUCAUCAAGGCCAGGCACUUCGUCGUGACGAAUCGGGUCGUGAUGUAACGAAAAUUGUCGAAUCGAAAAGCCUAAAAGAAUUUGAUCAAGCAUUACGUGAGGAUUGAAAAAAUGAUGUAGUCAAAAAUGUUAUUUAGUGAACUUUGUUUUUUUUCUGUGAAAAAAUCUUGAUUAAAGUUUAUCAAUUUGUUUCUAAAAAUU